AUGGCGAACAUGUUUAAAGUUUAUUGCGAGAAAAUAGAUCUUGAAAAUCUAGACCUCAAGAAGGUUUAUACCUUUGAGGAGUUCGAAUACAUAAACGACCAACUUAAGACUCGCACUAUACAACUUAACGGAAAACCAAUUAACCUCUUCGAAUACGAAAACGGAAAAUUAAUCCCGAUGCCUCAAACUCCGUACGCUAGAGAAAAGGUUGUCUCAGAAAUUGUGGCUCAGCUUCGUAACUGGAACAUCGAAACGCAUCAAAAUGGAGGCGUUACCUCUUCGCAAGGUGGCUUUAAUUUUGAUGUCGGGGGACAGAGAACAAUUAGAGCACCCGACGUUUCUUUCACUCCAAAACAAACAGACCGCGGUUUGAACGCGCUACAAAAUUGGACCUUCCAAGGUCAACCCUUUACCCCAAUAUUUGUUGUUGAGGUUGGUUUUAUUGAAAGUGAAUCGGAAUUCCAAGUAUUUGAUGAUAGAUUUAGAAAUGAAUUCUUUGCACCGGAAACGUCUGUGGAGUUAGGAUUUCUGGUUAGCAUCGGGCAAGAUAAUAACGGCCAACUACAGGGAAAUAUCCAUUCAUGGAGAUGGUACGAAAAUAAUACUGUACGUCAUUAUGAACAUGGAUGGAGAAGUAUGAAUACCAGGGUUAGCGGUCAAGAGAUUCUUCCAGGCUUCUUCUUGGAUGUUGAUAUGAUUGAAGAAGCUAUUUCGCAACAAGAUUCAGGUUUAUCAGAUGAUAAUGUUACUAAUAUUCCUUGUAACGGACCUGGAUGUACAGUAACUUUCACUAGUCACCAUGCUUUCUUGAAACACUACCAAAAGGAACAUGCGCUUAAACGACGUACAUGA